CUCCUUGGAAUUCUGCAAGGACAUGGCAUCCCUCAAGAACAUCUCCACAAAUAAAGUCAUUCUCACUGGGAAGAGAAUCAGGAACAUCUAUGAAGUGAUGUGGGACGACGUCAAGGAAGCAUGCCUAAUCAGCAAAGAAGAAGAAGAAGUCUCUGACCAUGGAGAACUUCAAAGGAAGAAGAAGAGGAAAAUCAACUCUCCAUCAACAUCUGGAAAUGUCAAUCCGGAUGAGUUGAAGGAGAAGGAAAUUGCUGAGGAAACCUCUGUUCAAAACCGGAGCCCUCAACAGUUUGAAGAAGAAACUCAUCAAGUCCCAAGCCUUCCAACCUCAUCUUCUCAGCCUCAUACAGAUGAUGCUGACAACAAAUUCUGGCAGCUCUACUAUAAUUGGAGAGCUUGGAAAGUUGGAAAUUCAGAAGAGCAACUGUUGGAUUGGGACCAACAGCUGAAGAAUGAGAAGAUUAUCAAGAAGUGCUUAGGUAUUCCAGUCAACCACAACUGUGAAGAUAUUUUGAAUGAUUACUGGGUAUGGCAAAAGAACCCGGAAGAUCUGCAUAUGGAGUACCUGGCCAACACACCAGCUUCAGAUUGUGAAGCAGAUGAUGAAGACACUGCUGUCUUCAAGCCAAUCUUCACUAGAGCCACAGAAGAACAAAUGGUUCUCACCUCUGAAGAAAUAGCUGGUUUGGAAGCAACAGCUGAGGAUUUCCCAAUCUUUCCGGAAACCUCACCUGCGUUUGAAAUGGUUCUGACUGAAACUGUUCAAGAGAAGGCAGCCUCUCCCCCCCAAGAGCAGAACCAGGAAGCAACUGAAGAAGAAGAAUUUCAGCAACUAAUCCGUUCUCAAGUUUUGGAGACUCUCACAACUCCUUGUGAGAUCUCCAAUCCUACUGAAACUGAGAUUCCGGAGAAGUCAGCAACAAUUCCAGAACAGUCAGAGCAAGCUGUUGAAGUGCAAAGGAACUCUGGAGAAGCUGAAAGGGAAACUCAAUUGGCAGAAGUGGAGGUUUGUCAAACUCCAAUAGCCAUUUUUGAAGAACAGAAUGCUGAUGAAGAUAGAGACUCCCUCUCUAGGGAUAUAUCAAAUUUUGAACUUGAUGAAGCUGAAGGUGAAUCUGAAAGAACCUUGAAGGUCACUGAUGAAAAAGAUGUACGAGAAGAUGCUGAAUCUCUUCCUUUGCAACUCUUCCAAAGGACAUCAUCUCCUCAUCAGGUAACCAAUGUUCAUUUCCAUAGCUCUUCAACCCCUACCCUUCCGGAUGAGAUACCGGAAAUCUGGACAAAGAAGGUCCAAGGGCUGAUUGAGUCAGCCCUAGCAUCUCAACAUGCCUCCUUUAGGCAAGAGAUAGAGCUAAUGGAAGCCAAACACACUAAGCUGAUAGAGAAAUCUGAAGAGAAACACAUCGCUGAUCUCAAGGAGAUAAGUAAAUCAGUAGAAAAGACUCUAGAGAUCAUCUCUCUAUUGAGUAAAACUGUGAGCAAUACGAUGGAAAUAUACACCUCUGACAGUCAACUGCAAUUCAAUGAAUUCAACAAAGUCAAGGAGCAAAUAGCAAAUGUCAAAGUUGGUCUACAAAAAUAGAUGUCCCUUCUCCAAAUGGACAUCAGAUCAGCCCUAGCAAUUGCUUAAGCAAAUCAGGUAGUAACCAAAGACUACUUGAAGGUGAUCAUUGACAAUCAAAAGGAAGCAUACAA